UCCAGUACUCCAAUGUGCAAGCAAAGCAGCAAGCCAGCAAGCAACGGUUGGAUUCCUUGCCCCCGCCCGGACCACGGAGAGAGGCUGGACCACGCAGGCUCCUGCCCCUGCCAAUGACGCGUGGGGCCCGCCUCGCUUUCUUUACCCCUCUAAAAAGCCUGCCACUGCGGCGCUCCUCAUUCCAAUUUCCAAGAGAGACAGAGAGAGCGUGUGGAUUUGGGGGAGCUUCUUCACUGGAGAGUGGAGAGCUCCGGUAGCGAGGCGAAGGAAGGAAGAGGGAGGAGGGGAAUCAGAGAGGUCUCCCCGAUGGCGGACUGGGGCCCCGUGAUCGUAGCGACGGUGCUGUUCGUGGUCCUCACGCCGGGGCUGCUCUGCACGCUGCCGGGCCGGGGCCGCGUCGCAGAGUUCGGCAGCAUGCACACCAGCGGCCUGGCCAUCCUCGUCCACGCCGUCCUCUACUUCGCGCUCAUCACCAUCUUCCUCAUCGCCAUCGGCAUCCACGUCUACGCGGGCUAGUAGCCGCCCGGAGCAGGAUGCGAUAUACGGAGUAGUAGGUUGCGCCGCCGCCGUGAUCCAGAUCAAGAUCUGUUUUUUUUUCUUUGUUCCUUUUCGCUCUCUCUCUCUCUCUGCCCUCCUCCUCGGAUUUGCUGCCAGUAUGGACGAAAUCAUUGAUUAUGGUCUGGACGUCUGCUUGUAAUCAAUCAUGACUUGUGUAAUCUUGCUUGCGGCCAUCAGUAUCGAUCAAAUAUCAAUCGCGCUCAUUCCAUAUUUUUUUUAA